AUGAUAAUCUCCAUCCAAGUCAUCCAAACGGGCUCCGUCCGAGUCCGACCAACAGCAUACCAACAACCCGCAAACCGUUCCGUCCUGCUCCGGCGCCUGCGGUUCCUCGCUGACCGGCAAUGGCAUCCUUCCAACCUCCCCAUCUACUCCUUUCUAAUCACCCACCCAGAGGGCAACAUCCUCUUUGACACAGGAAUGUCACCGCAUUGCAACCAAUCAAAUUACUUCCCCAUCUGGGCCAUGGGUACCAAGAUGGCAACCCAGAUGCACAUCGAAGCCCACGAAGGUAUGGCAUCUCAGCUCAAAGAGAUGGGUAUCGAGCCUAAGGACUUGAAAGCUGUGGUGUUAUCUCAUUUACAUCAUGACCACGCCGGUGGGCUGGAAGAUCUAGCUGAAGCGCCGAUCUUCAUGAGUAAGGAGCACUGGAAAGCGUUCAAAGGCCCGACCUACGCAGCAAUAGAAGGCUGUGCUCCGAAUCACUGGCCAAAAGACUUCGCCCCGAAAUUUUUGGUGCCGUCAGGAACGGCGAUUGGGCCAUUUGAAAACAGUUAUCCCAUCACGUCUGAUGGGAAGGUUGUAGCGGUUGACACCCCGGGGCAUGCUCCUGGCCAUGUUUCUCUGAUCGUGUUUGCGGAUGACGCGACGUUUUUCUUGACAGGUGAUGCGACGUAUGGAUUGGAGUUGUUAGAUAAGGAGGAGACUGAUGGUAUUAAUGAUGAUCCCUUGAGGGCAGUGGAAACUUUGAGGAAGAUCAAGGAGUUCACAAGGCAACAACCUGUUAUCGUUUUGCCGUCUCAUGAUACGAAAACGAUAGAAAAUCUAAAGUUGAAGACUGCGUUUUCGCCUUCGAACUUAUAG